CGUCGUUCAAUAGGCGGCAGUCCGCGUGAAGCUCUACCUCUUGGUGCUAUGCAGCAAGUCGAGCAGUCUGCGCCAAAGUCUGCAUAUCAACCGGCUCAAUUGCUCAACGUUCGACGCUAGUGCAACAAGCUUUAUUCGCGCGGUGCAGCGACCAUGUUUUCGCGAAAGCUCACGGGAGCUUUCGGUCGGUACGAGAUCUAGCAGAGAAAUGACGGGGAACAAUUAAUAAUUUUAACGGCUGUCCUCACCUAAAUGUGAUUAUAAGAAAUGGUGAAUUACUACUCGAAACCAAAAUAAUAGUGAUAAAUCAAGUACCAAAAAGAAAUGGAUUGGGCCUAUAGCGGUGUGAAUAAAACGGUGCCGAGAAACGCAGGUCCGGAAUGUGCGAAUUUCCUAAAUCCCACGUGGCGACGUUUAGAAACGGCAAUCGUCUUGGUGAUGGCAGCGGCCGGGAUUCGAUGGGCAUUCGCAAGGAUAACUUUACCCGAAGCCGCCUAUGUCAGGAGAGACAGAGGUGGACGUAGGACGCUUCUCGUCCUCAUGUCCCUAAUUUGGGGCAUGGAAAUAGGCUAUAAGUUCUCAUCGAGCACUGUGAUAUACCUGCUGAAUCCCUGUCACGUUGCUACUGCAAUACAGAUCUACUUAUUAGCUGCAUCUCCAAAUAAAAUGGUGACGGCUGUAUUCAGGUUUCAUCUUAACCUGCUGAAUGGACCAUUGUUAGCUUUCUUGUUUCCGGAGACGGAUUCACGAAUUUUGCCACUGGAAGCGGCAAUUUACUGGAUUCAGCACGGAAUGAUGUUCGUAGUGCCUUAUUAUCUUUUACGACUCGGAGGGGUUUACAAUGUAGAAGAGCUUUCGGAUUUUAGUUGGAACGUUCUCAGCUACAACAUAAAUAUUGUAUAUCAUUUCGUUAUUCUACAGACAAUCGCCGCUCCAACUGAAGUAAAUUUAAAUCACAUGCUCUGUCCAGCAAUACUGGAUCCGUUUGAAGGACCUUAUUAUAGGAUUGCGGCUGUUGUACACCAGGCAAUUUUAUGCCCGUUGAUAUGUAAAGCAUUCUGUUUGAUAUCGACGUUUUUUCUAACACAAUUUUGGCCGACCAAAGUAAAGAAAACCCUGUGCUGCGAAGUUUACGCGCCAAAUACAAACGGUGAUCACUCACAUCAACACAAUGAUUAAGAAAGAAAAGUAUAACAAAAAUUUGAAAGCGGCAAUUUAAAUUUUUCCUAGCCCAGUCAAUAACAUAACAGGUAAACGCGUUACUGGAGUCAAUAACGUUGCUGUUUCUUUUUUCUUUUCUCAAUCGGCGAACAAAACGAGCGGAAACAAGGAUAAUAAGAUUAUACAUAUUAUAUGAAACGGAAACUCGAGCACUUUAUAUUAAAGUAAUUAAACAUCGUUUUAAAUGAACAAAAAAUAAUAACUUUAAGGGUUAUUAAUUAAUAGGAU